GUGAUAGGACCAUAAGUUAUGUUGGUAUAGUACCCAAAUCUUUUAACAAUGUCAUAAAGAACGUAAUCGUGUUCCUAUCGUUUAAAAUUAUGUUUGUUUAAAAAUGAAAACAGAUAUGUAGUUAUAGAGUACACCAUUUAUAUCAAGCAUAAUACCCCAUUUCCUUUUCAACAUACCCAAAAAGACAAUAGCAACAGUAGGCGAUCGUUCAAAGCAAAAAACUGUCAUUACGUUUUUGGAAAUCAGGGAGUCACUUCUCAUUCGUCAGCUACCUAAGAACUAAAUAUUUCAGUCUCAAAAAGCUGUUUAAAACUUAGAUAUGUGGUUUUCACUUCGUAAGCCCAUUAGCCAGUUUUGCGGGCCACUAAAGCGCCAUGGACACGGAUAUGGAGGAGGUUGUCCCGGAGCGAACUUGCCCUUUGGCUUGGAUAGCCCGAUGCGCUUCACAGUGUGCUAUCUCAUUGCGGGAAUCGUUGGAUUUGGAGCUCCGUUUCUGGUGAUUCGCCACCAGAUGCUGCGUAAUGUCACCGAUGAACCCAAGGAGGAUUAAACCGAAAAUGAUAUUAAGCACUUACUCGUUAAUAAAAUAUUAAAGGCAUUGCACUUGGAA